AUGGGGGCUCGCCCCGGCCCCCGCCGGGCUCUGGGCUUGGCGGCCUGGGCCCUGCUCCUCGCCCUGUCCGCGCCGCCCGGGAGCGCCGCCGCGCACCAGCCUCCCGGCGGAGGAGGAGGAGGAGGCGGCGGAGGAGGAGCAGCAGCGGCGGCCGCGGCAGGAGGAGCUGGGGCUGGAGGAAGAGGAGGAGGCGGCGGAGACUGCCCGGGCCACGGCCGGGGCAAAGGCGCCAACUGCUCGGAAUUAAAUGUGAGGGAGCCUGAUGUAAGAAUUUGUGAUGAAUCAUCCUGUAAAUAUGGAGGCGUUUGUAAAGAAGAUGAAGAUGGUUUGAAAUGUGCCUGCCAAUUUCAGUGUCACACAAAUUACGUUCCUGUUUGUGGAUCAAAUGGCGACACUUACCAAAAUGAAUGCUUCCUCAGACGAGCAUCUUGUAAACACCAGAAAGAGAUAACAGUGGUGGCAAGAGGCCCAUGUUAUUCUGAUAAUGGUUCUGGAUCUGGUGAAGGUGAAGAAGAUGGAUCAGGAACAGAAGUUCACAGAAAACUCUCCAAGUGUGGAGUUUGCAAAUAUAAAGCUGAGUGUGAUGAAGAUGCUGAAAAUGUUGGGUGUGUCUGUAAUAUAGACUGCAGCGGAUACAGUUUUAAUCCUGUCUGUGCUUCUGAUGGGAGUUCCUAUAACAAUCCGUGCUUUGUUCGAGAAGCUUCAUGUCUGAGACAAGAACAGAUUGAUAUAAGAUAUCUUGGACAUUGCACAGACACGGAUGAUUCUAGUUUGCUGGGGAAGAAAGAUGAUGGAGUACAGUUUCGACCGGAUGUGAAAGAUGCCAGUGAUCAAAGAGAAGACAUUUAUAAUGGCAACCACAUACCUUGCCCUGAAACCUUCAAUAGUUACUGCAUUCAUGGAAAAUGUGAAUUCAUUUAUUCCACUCAAAAGGCUUCCUGUCGGUGUGAAUCUGGAUAUACUGGACAGCACUGUGAAAAAACAGACUUUAGUAUUCUCUACGUGGUCCCAAGUAGACAAAAGCUUACACAUGUCCUUAUUGCAGCAAUUAUUGGAGCUGUACAGAUUGCCAUUAUAGUUGCAAUUAUCAUGUGCAUAACAAGAAAAUGCCCUAAAAAUAAUAGAGGACGUCGACAGAAGCAGAACCUAGGCCAUUUUACAUCUGACACUUCCUCCAGGAUGGUUUAAAUCGAUGAUUUUUAUACCUACAUUGACCAUGUGAUGUACGUUUUGAUCAUGUCUUUUUUUAAAGAAUGAAAAUAUUUAUUUCAGAGGCCUUAUUUUUGGACAUUUUUAGUGUAGUAACCGAUGGCCUGUUGUAUUAGAGAGCAUCAGCUCCAACAGUUAUGGACUGUCAUAGUAGCCUUCCUUUUAUGUUUUUGAAUACAGAAUUUCAUUUUAUGUGUGUGUAUAUCACAUGGUUACAUAACGGGACAUAAUGUUUUACCAAUGAAACGUAAUAUUUUUGCCAAGAUAGUUCCCACAAUGGUUGUAGAGUAACCCUCACCCCCAUACCCAUACUUUCCCCUCCGCACCUAGAAAACUAAGCAUGAACUAAAGGUAAAGAUGUUUACAGAUUACUUUUCGUACAAAACCCCCCUAGAAGACACUGUGUUGAAAUAGAUAUUUAAAUGUUUUUGAAAGUUAGUAAAUGAUUUUUUUAGACACUGCAUGAACAGUGGAACUCUAUGUGUGUGUAGCUGUAAAAUAUUUAUAAAACGUAUGGGCUGGGUCUGAGCACUACCAUCUUUGAAAAUUUAUCCUGACACUUUAUUUUUGAAGAGCAAAAAUACUCAGAAGUUCCACCAUUUGGAAAAGGAGCUGGUAGUGCUAAUGGAUCAGAUCCAUAAAAGUAGGUCUUUGUAGACUUAGAUAUUGUGAUGAUUGACUUUGAAAAGUGCCAUGCAGAUUGGAAUAAAGCCUGCUUUCUCACUGUU